GGAAGCUGUAGGAAGUGCUUUGGACUGCUAUAUAAAUGACAGUUCGCCUCUGUUCAUGAUUAGAAGCUAACAACAAGAUGACACAUAAAGCAAGAUUACUCCCUCUACUGAUGAUGCUUCUUUGCUUGGGCGUUAAGUCCAUUGAUGGGUUUGGUGGCAAAAAGGGUGGAGGAUUUGGAUAUCCUGUUCCUUACCCUCAGCCAUUUCCAGUUGCUCACCCAGUUCCUGUUCCAGUUCCUGUUUCUCAGCCCGUACCGGUUCCUGUCCCAGUUCCUGUGGCAGUUCCACACAAGUUCGGUUGGAAAGGAGGACUAGGUCACGGUGGAUUUGGAGGCUACGGCGGAGGAUUCGGAGGAAGCUACGGGGGAAGCUUCGGAGGAAGCUACGGAGGAGGAUACGGAGGAGGAUACGGAGGAGGAUACGGAGGAGGUUACGGAGGAGGAUACGGAGGAGGUUACGGAGGAGGAUACGGAGGAGGUUUCGGAGGGGGAUACGGAGGAGGCUUCGGUGGCUUCAGAAAGCGUCGUUAG